CGCCGCAGAACGCGCUCUCAGCUCUCACCGUUCCGUUUGCGCGUGCUUCUCGAUACUGCAAUCGUUGUUCCGUCGUGUUCGUGACGGUUGCGUGGUUAACCGCUCGUGAUGCAACGUUUCUAACCUCCGUGACGACGCCGUCGAUCCGUUCGACUUCGCGGUCAGCAGGUUGACAGUCGUAGAACGGUCUGGCGGAGAACUCUGGCACCUGCGCUAGGUUCGCGGUGGGCCGAUGCAUCGCUGUAUGUGCGUGUGCAUCGCGAAGUAACGCGUAAUCGGGUUACGCGGUCGAUCCGACGAUGCCCCUCGGUGUUUUGUGAAAAUUUGUCGUGGUCACGUGCGCAGAAAAUGUAACUGCCAUUCUCGCUUGUCGACGACAGGAUAUCGUUGACGCGGUUUCGUUGUCCACAAGCGUGAUACCUCCCCCCUCUUUGGGAAAAAUGAACGGCCAGGUGCAGUCGUCGAGGGAGAGGUUAGACAGUUUUAGCUCUGACACAAUGGACUUAUUCAGGAUGUUCGGCACUGACCGCGUCCCCGCUAUCCCCAUCUCGGAUGCAGAGAUACCGUUGGACGACAGUACAGAAGUCCCUACAGAAGUCGACAGUAAGGUGAAAACGAAAUUGCUCUCUAUGUGGAAUAACGUUAAGUACGGAUGGACCAUGAAGAUGAAAGCGAAUUUCUCUAAAGAAUCUCCCGUUUGGUUGUUGGGCCAAUGUUACUUGAAAAAGUCUGAGGAUCCUCUGGAGAACGCUUCAGAGGCUCUGGAGCCAGAAGGAACUGGCAGCCAGGUUUCUUUGGCGAUGGAUGCUACCAAUUUUGAAAAUACCAUAGAGGAAUUCAAGAGGGAUUUCGCAUCGCGUCUAUGGCUCACGUAUAGACGGGAAUUUCCAAUUCUGAACGGUUCCACAUUCACCACGGACUGCGGCUGGGGCUGUAUGUUACGCAGCGGUCAGAUGAUGCUGGCGCAAGCGUUGGUCUGUCAUUUCCUCGGACGUGAAUGGAAAUGGCGGCCGGAGCAAUCUAUCGAGAACACUCAACAAAUGCGAGACGACUCCAACCACCGUAUGAUCAUCAAGUGGUUUGCGGAUCAGUCAAAGCCUGAGUCACCAUUCUCUAUACACAGGCUUGUGUCUCUCGGCGCCUCGACGGGGAAACGAGCGGGCGAUUGGUACGGUCCUAAUUCUGUCGCGCAUCUUCUAAGUCAAGCUGUGGAACGCACUGGUGAGCUUCCCAACAGCAAGCUCAGUCGACUGGCGGUAUAUGUUGCUCAAGAUUGUGCAGUAUAUAUGCAAGAUGUCGAGGAGGUAUGUCGUACUUCCGACGGUGGAUGGAAGUCUUUGAUACUACUAGUACCUUUAAUGCUUGGCACUGACAAACUGAACCCCGUUUACGCACCGUGUGUGACGUCGUUGUUAACAUUGGACGCGUGUAUCGGCGUUAUCGGCGGUCGACCCCGACAUUCGCUCUAUUUCAUCGGCUAUCAGGACGAUAAACUGAUUCACCUGGAUCCGCAUUAUUGUCAGGAGACUGUCGAUGUGUCGAAGGAGAACUUCCCAUUGACUAGUUUUCACUGCACGUCGCCGAGGAAGAUGUUGCUCUCGAAGAUGGAUCCCAGCUGCUGCGUGGGUUUCUAUUUCCCGAACAGAGAAUCGCUCACCGACUUCAUGGAGACGAUUCAUUCAUUUGUGAUACCGUCGAAUCAGAAGACUGACUACCCGAUGUUCCUUUUCUGCGAAGGAAGCAAAAAGGAUCUACAGCAGGGUAUCGAAGUCGACGAAUGUCUUCUAGCUUCGACAAGUUCCUUCGACGAUCACGAGACAUUGGAGGAUGACUUGUGCGAGUGCGAAAAGUUUGAGCUGCUACAGUAGUGAAAUGACGAGAAAUCAACAGAUAAACUUAAACACAGCGGUCGCGCGCUUGCUCGAAUAUCGGCGGGAAAUGUUAGUCUUGAAUAUCUCUAUUACAUCUCUACUUGUUCGUCCACUAUUCGCGACAAAUACUACUUUUUUUUCGUAUAUUCGCUCCUUUAGCGCAUGUAGGAAAACGUGAAGCAACACAUGAGCCGAAUGUCGCCACUUAGAGCGUUAAAAUCACGUCGAUUUUAGAAACAACAGCGUCGCGUUUCACGCGAUCAGGAGAUAAAAUUCGAAUUUACGCAGUAACUAGUUUUAUCGUUACAUACGAAAUUAAAAGAAGAAAUUCAAGGCAGACACUUGAGCAAAAUUGAUCUCCGGCAAGAAGUUAACCGACCGUUCAGCUGACAGGUCAUUUCUCGAUGGUAUAAUGUAUAUAUGUAUACGAGAUUAUAUAAGAAUGCACAAUUUUUCUCAUUCUGGUUUACAUGUUGAUCUCAAAAUUUAUAGAUUGCUUGAUCGAUCGUUGGUAUUAAUGUUCAACUUGAUAAGACUUGAUCGCAUCCACGUGUCAAGCGUAAGCGAGUAUUUAUUUUUCUUAGGAGUUCAGGUGUGACGCGUUUUUCUUUCUUUUUUUUUUUUUCAUGACUUGCAGCAUGCGUCAGGAUUUCGUUAAAUCACCCAGAUACUUAACGAUACUUAAUAAUUUUAAAUUUUAAUUUGCGAAUUCUCUCUAAUGUAUGUAACAACGAUCGAGUGGAUCAUGCAGGAGCUAUCUACUCGGUAAUCAAGUCUGAUUUAUUUAGAGGAGUUUAAUAAAGCGCUAAUUUAUUUAUUUAUUUAUUAUUAUACGUAAUUGGGCGCUAAGUGAUUUCAGCGUUGAAAACCGAGCGGGAGGUUCGGGGAGUGCGAGUGUGUGGUAUAUACAAGCUGAGGCAUCUAAUACAGGAUACACCUAAAUAUUUCGAGGAAUUUCGACGAUCUUAAAGUCUCGAGAACAAUAAUUUUAAGCGAAUUUUUGUCCCUAUUAACCACAGCCGUCCCUGCGAACUAUAAAACUUUAUACUUGACCGUAUUUUCGUAUUGUGUCAGAGGCAACAGAAAUAUUUAGGUAUAUUCUUUUGGAUGUAUCUCAUCCUGUAUAUGUAUAUAUAUAUAUAUAUUAUAUAUUUAUAUACGUAUGUGUAUGCGUAUAUAUUGUACUCAUACUGUUGAAAAUGUACACAAUAUCAAAUAUUGUUGUUAUAUCUCUCUUACAUCAAUAACGCAAUACGCACGGAAUAAAGUGAGGGAAAUGUAUGGCAA